AUGGAGCGGAGCACAGAAGGAAGGACAGUGAGGGAAGAGAGGAUGGAGGAAUGGAAUAAACAGCCCCAGACAAGGAAUGGGAACCACAAGACCAGACAUGAAACCCCUGCCCCAGCAUCUGUGUGGAAGAGGCACAGGAGAAAGAACGAAAGCAGGACCACACAGGUGGAGGCCCCAAUAGUUGGAGGACACAUGAAAGUAGAUCCCCAUGGAGCAGCAGUGAUCUCAUCAUUAGAAAGUGAAAUUAAAGGAGUUCUCGGUCAGCCUGUUAUUCUACCAUGCCGGUACAGCAUUGAAGUUUAUGGACAAACUGAAAUGUGCUGGGGACGAGGAAGAUGCCCAUCGUAUGGUGGCUGCAACAUGAAAGUACUCCAGACAGAUGGCUUGCAUGUCGUCUUUAACAAAGCAAAGUAUAAAUUAAAGCACAAAAUACAGAGUGGUGAUGUGUCUUUAAUUAUUGAUGAGAUAAGUCAGGAAGACAAUGGGGAAUACUGUUGUCGAGUGACGAUUCCAGGACUGUUUAAUGACCAAAUAAUUAAUAUCAACCUAGUGAUUAUAAGUGGUUCCACUGAAUUUCUGUCUGUUACUCCAGAAAUCAAGACUACUGGAUUGCUAAAAUUGAAUUCCUCUUCCUCUGUAGUACCAACCAGUUUUGCACUUAUUACUGUGAGUGCAGACCAGCUAAUGUUUCAGGACUAUGUUCUUUCCAUUUUGUUGGUUGUAGCAGUAAUACUUAUGAAGACAUUCUGCAUUUUUAUUACAGCUCUUGUUUUCAGUUAUUCAGUCAUUUCACUGAAUUAGAAAGUCUCUGCAGUAAUGUGCAUCUUCACAUGAAUAAUAUGUGUCCUGGACUCCAGUGCUUUGUUUGUAUCAGACAUCACUUUUAAACAUUUGCCAUAAUUGCAGGGUGAUAAAGCUAAUGACAUCCAGAGGAAUUAUUUUGGCGUGCUUCAAUCUGGCUACAGUAAAUAUUUUCUCACAGAUAAUUUUUCAGCUACCCUUACAGUAGCCUUAACACGCUAUCAGAAUUUACAAAAUAAAAGUUUUCUAAUGAUUAUAAACAACA